UGGCAGAAGAUGAGUGCAUCUGAUUUGUCCAACCUGACCCUUCACCUGGAGGGGUCCCUGACCCGGGCUUUAGGUCACUACCUGGACAACUGGAGGCGUAACAUGACAGCUGCGGCCAACACUUUGGACAAGACUAUGGCUGAGGAGAACUUCAAGAACGUCAUCUGGUAUCUGGCAGUGAUGAUCGGCAUGUUUGCCUUCAUUAUCGUGGCCAUGCUGGUAAGCACGGUCAAAUCCAAGAGGAGAGAGCACUCUAAGGACCCCUACCACCAAUACAUCAAGGAGGACUGGACGGCUCAGGUACAACAGGGCGACGUUGUCACCAACUUUGGAGCUGGAUGAUGUGAGCGAAGACGCUAAGCUCACAGCAGAUCAUCGUUAUCACCAGUAGCUGUAGCAGCACAACAGGUUUUCAUAAAAGUGGUCUUUUCCCAAUAUCCUUUCUUUUCCAGUGAGUUCUGCUAAUGCUGGUC